GAGGGGAGCUCGCUAGCGUACUUCCUACCGGCGUUUCCUUUAUUAUGUAUUGCUACAGCGAUAGCUGGCAAUAAUUUUUUAAAUAAUUCUAUGAAUGCAAGGAUGACUGUUAUAGACCAUUGAGUUCACUUUUAAUACCGAUUAAUCAGGUAAAACAAGGAUGCGUUCCUGAUAACUGCAGCAAACAGCUGCUCCAGAACGAUAACAUUCACUACCCAAACAAGAUCAUAUGUUCAUAGAAGAUUAUCUUGAAGAUGAUGAGGAACCACCUUCACUGCUCAGCUCUUGUCCUUCUCACCUUCCUUGGCCUGCAGGAGGCUCUGGAGACGCAGUGUGGAUGGGGACAGGUCCUGACCAGCGAGGGGUGUGUCUGCCAGCAGUGCCCAGCCGGUCAGGAGCCCAGCCGGGCCUGUGGGAAAGCUGAGGGCCCAGACGUGGUGGUGCAGUGCCAGGUCUGCCCUGCAGGCACUUUCUCGGGCUCCUAUGACUCAGAGCUGUGUAGGCCCCACACCUCCUGUCUGCGCCUCAGCCGGCAGCUGGUGAGCCCGGGCAGUGCGGAGAGGGAGGCCGUCUGCGGGGACUGCCUGACCGGGUUCUACCCUGUUUCGGAGGAGCAGUCCUCUGGCCAGAGCUUGUGCGUGAGACUGACCCCUGACCCUCUGGUGCGCAUCCUGCGGAGCGCGGGGAAGGCCGAGUCCCUGGGGGCGGGCCGAGGCCUGGUCAACGCCACCAGCGCACGAGGCCCUGAGGAGAAGACCACGGAGUACGCCGUCUUCGCCCUGGUGCCCAUCUUCUGCGUCAUGGGCCUGCUGGGCAUCCUCAUCUGCAACCUCCUGAAGAAGAAGGGCUACCGCUGCUCCUCUGACCGGGAGGGCACGGACGAGGAGGCCGCCUCCCCGCAGAAAGAAGGUAAUACCGGUCCGUUCAUUGUGGACGACUCCAAUGAAGACACCAUUAGCGUGCUGGUGCGUCUCAUCACAGAGAAGAAAGAGAAUGCCGCUGCUCUGGAACAGCUUCUCCUGGAGUAUGAGAGCAAACAGAUGUCCAUCAGCAAAGCCUCAUCAAUCAAGUUCCCGGUCCUGCCCCACCUGCCCCACCAGUUCCGCUCCCUGCCCCGUCUCUGCCCCCACCAGCACCACCUCCACACCAUCAACGGACUGGCCUCCAGGGCGGGCAACUGCUGCUCCCGCUGCAGCCAGAAGAAGUGGCCCGAGCUACUACUGCCACCUGCGGAGGCCCAGAAGAGCACCGCGCCCAGCACCAAGACCCCCUGCACCAAGACCCCCCUGCCCGGGGAGGUCACCAUCCUGUCUGUGGGCAGGUUCCAGGUGGCCCAGAUCCCAGAGCAGAGGUCCUCGUCUCUGGAGCUGACCCCGCCAGAGUCCAGCGACACCGACUCGGUGGACACCUCCCACGCCGAGGCGGCGGAGGACCAGUCUCUCCUGGGGAUCUCCUCCAUCUCCUCCUCCUGGACCAAGAGCAAGCAGGAGGACCGAAAGUUUGUCAUAAGGCUGGGAGAAACCAAUCUGGUCAUCUGAAAGGUCAACAGCUAAUCGGGGAAAGAGAUGACUGUCUCGCUGGGCAGCACGGGGAGCGGUGGGGGUGACAGAGCCGACCCCCGAAGGCUCCGGCCUGGACCCUGGGGGAGAGCUUCCCCCGGCAGCACCCUGAAGUCUGCUAAUUGCAUAUUUAUUACACUAUAAUUAUGAUAAUAAUAAGCAAUGAGCUUCUAGUUCAGAAGCAGAGACAAGAAAAUAAAAAAGCGAUAUUAUUUGCUUUGUUAGUGCUUCCGAAUGACGCUAGUCAGGGCUUUGACCUGUGGUAGUGAAUUCUAAACUGCAAUAGAAAAAAAAUAAAAGGUCACUACAAACAGGAAACCCUGCAUGCCAGCCAGCUCUCCCUAGUAUUACAGAAAAAGAGCUGAAAACUGUCUUUCAAUCAUGGUUUUUAAAGAAAUGAAGUUUUAGUCCACUUGAACUUUUUUUAAUUCCGAUCAUGACCAGCAAAGUAAUGGACCUUUUUCACAAAGUGGAAUGUAAUUUAGUACUGGUGAAGUACAGUUUCUGUUAACAAAAGACAAGCAUCCACAGGUUUCAUUUGAACAAACUGACAUGGUGCAGGACCUAGUAGCAUAUAGCAUCAUUUGAUUUUCCUUUCUUCACAAAGUAUAGAAUGGUGUUCAUGUGAAAAAAAACUGCUUUACAUUUUCAUCAAGCAUCAGACAUCUCUGUUAGAAGCACAAGCUGUACUGUAAUUUACUGUACGUAUGUACAGAGGGUGGUGAAAGACCAGCUCCACUUUUUAUUGAAACUGUGCUGUACAUGGAGGAGAAAUACAGGGUGCUUGUGCUUGCCAUUAGUUUGCUGUGUCCCAGUGUUUCCAACCAGGUUGCUUUGGGUGUAGGAUGACGGACGUUUUUGACUAUGCUGUUGUUUGGCCUGGGACUUCCUCUUUUCAUGUGUCUUCAUCUCAGACUGUGAUGUCACUUCCUGUCCUGUGGUGCCACAGAGUUGUCAGGGCGUUUUCUCACAGCCUUCAAAGCUUAUGAUUUCAUAUAUGUACACCUCCCAAGUCUCAUUUCUAUCUACUUACUGAUUUUAAAAACGUUCAUAAAGAGGUAUAGUAUAUGCUAGAAAUCCAGGAAUAAAAAUGUUUAUUUUAAAGAUCACUUGUGUUGGUUGAAUGCAAUGUACUGUUAAAGCAACAUAGUAGUUUAUCAGAAAUGGUAGAUGAAACCUCUGGCCCAAGGUUCCGGUGACCCCCUACAUGACGUUGCUAUAGUAUUAAAUAGGGUUCAUUGGUUCAUGUGAAGUCAAGCAUAUUCCCCUGUCUGAGAGAGACUGUCGCUUUAGGCACAGUGGGUUGUUAAACAUUUCUACGGGACAUAAAUUGCAUUCAGAAGUUCGAAACAUUAAUGCUAGACUCAUCUUUGAGGUCCCCAAUACUGUAUCUAGUCACGUGGGGUCGUGGUCACUAGUGUACCACGGUGGACUCUGGCAUUAUCUGGCUUCUGUUUAACCAAUCACAGCCCUCAGUGUUGUGGAUUAGGGGUUGUGUGUCCAAACCUACCUCCAUUCUAGCUCGCAAAGUGUAGGCGUUUACCCAAGCAGAGUACUGUACAGUUACGCACAUUUUAAUGAUAAAUUGUCAGGACAGGAAUAGCUGUAUGUUAGCCCUACGCGCGGUUAACACAUUUGUAAUGGAGGCUAGUUUCCCUCGUUUGUAAAUGCACACGCACAAAACAUACCCACACACCCUUUUGAUGUAAGCACACCAAGCCUUUCCACUAAGGACCCAUGAUUUUCUGGUACUUGGAGAUAUGUUACCUUCUGCACUCUUUACUAAAACUGAAUGUGAAAAUCACAUUCUCAUAUAAUUUACAAUUAUUGCAGUAGUAUCUCCAGUAGUAUUGGCUCAACUAGUCAUCAUAUCUGACUGUUUGUCUCAUUCUCCACACUGAAACACUCAUCUGUUAUCUCUUUUUUUAUUAUUAUUUUGUUUCCUUUCUUAUUACAGUACUUAAAGCAGAAAGGCGUCAAAAGACAUUUCCACUUCACUGUGGCAUCACUAUUUUGUUAUGAUGGUUUACAUUAACAUUUUAUAUAGUGUCAUUUUUGUAUUUUGUAUGUUUGCAAUUCAGCUAUGGAAGAUUUUCAAUUUGAUCCUAUUUAUUGGUUGGACAUUCCCAUGUGUUUUCUCAUUUCUUUUAAAUGUUAUGAAUUGAAGUGUUGUUACAAAAAUGAACUCAUCUCUCCAACCUUAUAGGUUCUUAUUUAUUAUAUUCCAUUUAAUUGAAAUUUGUACUUAAAUAAAGGAGCAAUUUAUUUUAA